AUGGGUUCAGACCAAAGCCAGCAUCACCAGCAACAGCACCAGCAGCACCAGCACCAGCAGCAUCAGCACCAGCAGCAGCAACCUGGCCCCUUCGCCAGCACCAGAUCCCUCACCGCCGUUCAAAGCUACCAGUUUUACCAGCACCCAACCGAUGCCAACCUGGGCCGCUGGGCAACGUCUGCCGCCCCUACCAUUACUGGUCACCAGGCCGCAGCCCUCAUUCACCACACUGAGAACCACGCCGCCGGUAUCACAGCCCACCUUGCCAACCAGGGUGUGACGACGACGCCACGCCAAAACCUGGUGCAGUCGCAUAUGACCUACCUCCGAAACCACUGGCCCAACGGCCAGUGGUACCCCGACACCUGCAGGCCCAGCACCGACCCGCCCUCGCUCGAUGUGCUUACGCCGUUCAAGUCCAUGACGCAGCACUGGCUUGCGCACUCCCAGGGCCGUCCGCUGUUUGACCUCUGGGCGCAGUCCCCCCAGCGCGGCAUCAUCUGGCAGGUUGUCAACGAAACCCGGAGCACGGGCCUGACGAAGCGCGUGGCUCAGGAAUCCCUGCGUCGUGUCAAGAGAACGUUCCCAGCCGCUGCCGCCCCGAGACCCAAGCCAGCCGCUCCCGCUCCCACCCCUGACCCUGCCCCAGUGUCUGAGCCGGAGCCCGAAGCCCCGCGCGCCGAUCCUCUCUGUCCCCCUCUUGCCGCCGACGACGAGUUCGCGCCCCCCGCCCUCGGCCAGUCCAAGCGCCCGUCUUUACGGUUGACGACCACCUCGCUGCCCCCCCUGGAUUCCGCCCUCGAAUUCGGGUACAGCCGGACUCCGUCCCCGCCCCCAAUGCCUGAGUCAGACGACGACGAGUCGGACGUAUCAGUGGACGGUGUUUUGGGGGAUCUCUUCGGGCAGCCAGGCAUCCCGCUGGCUCCUGUGUCCAAGAAGUACAAGAGGGUCCGCGAGCUCGGUCUGGCUGCCGCCAAGAAGAAGAAGGACACGGCCGAGACUUCCGCGCGUCGUCGACGUUGCGCCGAGGAGAGAGCUACUGCCGCUGCCGCCGAAGCUGCUGAGAUAGGAGAGAACGGGCUUGGUGCCGAAAAGAUCCAAGACAUUGCUGAGGUCCUGGCGGAUGCUGCGUCGAAGGCCGUGUCGCGGGCCGCCAAGCGCCACUACGGGCAUCUCUUGCCGCCAGGUCGCCGGGCCGUGAUGACUAAGCGUGCGAAACAAAAGACGAAGGAAAUGGUGACUGACUAUCUGUGA